GUCAAUAUUUGGACAAUAAUUCAUAAAUACAAACGAAACGCUACACUGUGCUACAGUGCUGGUACAGUAAUUUUACAUCUUCAAAGUUGGGCAACUAAGGCCUGAAUCAAGGGGCGGGUGGGGCGCUGCAGGCCCCGCUUUGAUCUGGUCGAGCUGGCGAGUCAUGGCUGUUGGCUGAGGUCGGGCGGCGGGCCGUUUCCAGUAUCGUCUGGGCCGUUUCCAGUAUGCUCGUGGCUGUUGGGCCUUUGGCAUUUGGCGGCUGGUCGCCUCGGUACCCUGCUACAGUAACCCGUCACGCAGCACCCAGCGCCGGCAGAUCCCUCCUCUCCCUGCGGCGGCGCAUCUCUUCCUCGCGCAGCCGCAGCCGCCGCCGCGACCGUCCCCGUCGCCAGUGGCCGCGCAGAUCGACCCGGAGCUGCCGCGCCCCGCAGCUGGGAAUCACGGGUUUGCCACCCGCCAUGGCCGCCGCCGCUCUGAGCUCAUGCGCCGAGCUCCGGCCGUCUCCGUCCAAUAGCCGCCACCCACCGCACCCUGACCUCCCCAACCUCUCCUCUACGAGCGCCUGCGGCCACAGGGCCGGGGAUUUCAAAUCCCGCGGUCGCCCGUGGUCCUCCCGGCCCCGCCAAGACCUCACCGUCGACGGCACCCCUCCGGCCAUCAUCUUCACCAGCUGACCCCACAAACCGCACGCUGGUAACCCCUCCACCCCGAGCUCGCCUCCUCCGCCCGUACCCCGCACCGCCGGUCCGCCGGAACGCGGCCUUGCCGCUGUGGACGCGCUCAGAGAGCCGCCCCGCUCGCCGCUCGCCGCCUAUGGCCCGAUUCCCACGACCACAACAAGCUCCGUAGACGCGCCUUGUCUCACUGAUGCUCGCAGUGAUGUCCCCGUCGCCGGCGAGCCGCCGCCGGAGAAGUACCCGCUGACCCAGGAAACUGCAGAGAAGAAGGGAGGGAGAAAGAAAGCUGUAGAGAAGAAGUCCGCUCGCGGGGCCUGAUGACUGCCUGAGCACAAGCAGGGGAGCUCCACUUCUCCUCUGACUCGUGCCGGCGGCGGCACAACCGGUGGACGCCGGUGCCGCACCUUGCCCGUCAUCUCCCCUAGGUAGCUCGCUCCUGUCACUGCUUUGGCGAUGUGAGAGAGAUGCUUGAACUAGAAGAGAUAAGAAUGCCUGAACGGAUAAGAACAAACGAAGAGAUAAAGAUACAAUAGUCUUGUAAAAAAAAAGAAAAUUGACUGGACGUGCUAAAGAGGCCCGUGCAGCACAUUUAAAAAAAGAUAAUGUUAAUUAAUCUACCAUUAAGAACUAUUGUGUUUUUUCACUUUUUUCAGUCCCAUGAUUAAAAUUCCUUCGAUCGAAACACAUCUUCCAUCUAUUCCUACAGUUUUCCAUAAUGGCUGAUGCAAAACUUAAAAAAAUUAAAUUUUCUUUUGUAAAAUGUCAUUUAAAAAUCACGAUCAAUAUGCAUACCAACAGUCCCUCAGAUCUUUAGAGCAUUAUAGACCUUUCUUACAAAACUCAUAAUUUUAUAGCUGUUUGAACCAAACAACUUUUAGUUUUCUCACAAUCCACAACAGCUUCUCCCCAAACCUUUAGGAGCAUUACAUGCAUUUUUUACAAAACUUACAGUUUUACAGCUAUUUCAACCAAACAACGUUUUCUCAUAAUCCACAACAACUUCUCCUUCUCUACAGUGCACAGGAGCUUUUUCACAGCUCACGUGUUUUUCAGUUUAGUAGUGUUCCGGAACAAAUAAAGACGAUCAUCUAUGUAAUUUGUGUCGUCGAUCGCUAAAAUUUUUCUAUGACGAGCGCUUUACUUUGUCGCCUGCCUCGGUCGAAUCAUCGAAUGGUAUUGCUCGUGUUCCAGAAGAACCUUGGCGAUUUUGUCCAAGAGGCGUGCCGUUUAUCCCAAUAAACCCACGUCACAGAAAACAUCGUUAUAAUUAGCAAAAGCAUCUAGUUUAACUCGCACAGCUAGCUUUAAUUUGUUGUUCUCGUCACCGUCGAGCGAUUGAUCCUUCACAAAUCACGCAAGUCCCCGACGAUUUUAAGGAGCAGAGCGAUGCUAUCAUGGUGGAGGGACAUGUGGCCGUGAUAUGCCUCGCGGUGGCCGCGCUCGCCCUCGCCGCCGCCGCGAUGGGGAUCGUCGGCGAGGCUACCAAGUCCAAGGCAAUAACGCGCACACGAGUCACGACGCAUCCGUGCACGAUGAGUAAUCGCAGACUGACUGACCUGGCGGUGGUGCAGUCUUUUGUCAGGUACGACGGGGCCAGCUGCGUGUACCGGAGGACGCCGGCGUUCGGGUGCGGCGUCGCGGCGGCGUCCUCGCUGCUGACGGGCCAGGUCGUCCUCACCGCCGCCGCCGGCUGCUGGGGCCGAUGCAGGACCCGGCCCGACGGCCGCCGCGCCGCCGUCGUCUGCUCAUCUCUGCUGUCAUGGUUUCUGGCGGUGCUGGCGGCGAGCGCGUUCCUCGUCGGCGCUUUGAGGAACCAGAGCGGAGAGCGGCGGCCGAGAGAGGGCAUCGCCUCCACCUACUACAGGUGCACCGUCCUCGUGGCCGGGGUGUUCGCCGGCGGCUCAUUCCUCGCCGUUGCCGCGGCGGUCGUCGGGAUCGCCUCCUACGUCGCCCUUGAGGCGGUGGCGGGCUCCGGUCCGCCGCGACCGCGAGCGCCACCAGUAUGGUCCCAGCCUGAUGACUCUCGUCAAGGUUGUCCUGAAUCCUGAUGCUUGUGCUGCGUGCGGAUCAACCAACCAAGGAUCAUGCUGGGACAGUUCCCUGAAGAGAGAAGGGAACUGCCACCUCUGUGUGUUUUCAAAAGGGGACUAGGCAUAUCGAUCACACUGCUAGAAUCUGGUUUGCGCAAUCUCAUUGGCAGCAAGAGCAGUGAAUGCAUGUGUGAGAGAUGGCUUACUAGCAAUGUUUGCAUCUCAUCGACAGAGAGUGUAGUUCAUCUCAGGUUGUAUAAUGACCCCAAUUUACUGAUAAUACACUUGUAUAUUUUGUUU